CAACCAAGCAAGCUAACAACAGCUAACUGCUAACAGCAAAGCAAAUACCAGUUUUACUCAAGCAAAUACAACUUCAAAGUCAAGAUGAGUGCCAAAUCCCUUUUCGAAAGUGAAGAAGACGUCGCCCAGGAGCACAAAUUUGCGAGGAAGGCCAAGGAGUCGCCCUUCAUGCUGGUGGGCAUUGCCGGAUUCCUGGCAGCCGGACUGGUGGGAGCAUACAAGUACCGUAACCGCGGGUCGAUGAGCACCAGUGUCUUCCUGAUGCAGCUGCGAGUGGCUGCCCAGGGAACAGUCGUCGGCUGCCUGACCGCUGGACUGGCCUACACCAUGGCCAAGGAGUACCUGUUCGAGAAGGCGCCCGCGGAGGAGCCCAAGCCAGUCCAGGACUAGAAAGUCAUCGCCAUCUGUCGCAAACACCAAAGUCCCUUGGCCACCCUGUGUCGUUCAUUAUUGUUCACCGUGUAAAUGUCGCAUUCUCAUCGCCGUUCUGCCUCGAAGUAGUAUUAUUUUAUAAUAAAGAAAAUAUUUUUAGAAAGUGAAAACAAA